GGGAGGGGGGGCGGGGCGCAGGCGCGGAGUGUCCCGCGGUGGGCGCCGGGGCGGCCGGGCUGCUGCCUUCUCCCGCUGUGGGCGCGCAGAACCCCGCGGGCCGACGGCGGCCGGCCGACGCCGAGACGCCCCUCGGGUGGCUUUAGCGUCCUGUUGCGCCACGGCCGCCCCGCCGAUCAGGUUCCUUCGGGAGACUUCGACUUGUUCGAGACCUGAUGGCCAAAAGAAAGGAAGGAAAUUUCUUCUCUCCUGGAAAUGCCAAAAGACCAAGACAAGAAGAGCUGGAUGAUUUUGAUAAAGAAGGUGACGAAGAUGAAUGUGCAGUUUCUUUCACUAAUGGUACCUCUGCUUUGACAGCAGCAGAAGUUGGAAUCAUUGAGAGUAUUCAGCUCAGAAACUUCAUGUGUCAUUCGAUGCUUGGACCCUUUAAAUUUGGUUCUAAUGUCAACUUUGUUGUUGGCAAUAAUGGAAGUGGGAAGAGUGCAGUACUCACAGCUCUUAUAGUUGGUCUUGGUGGAAAAGCAGUUGCUACUAACCGAGGAUCUUCUUUGAAAGGUUUUGUGAAAGAUGGACAGAACUCAGCAGAUAUCUCAAUAACAUUAAGGAACAGAGGGGAUGAUGCCUAUAGAGCCAGUGUGUACGGUGACUCUAUAAUUGUGCAACAGCACAUCAGCAUGGAUGGAAGUCGAUCUUAUAAACUGAAAAGUGAAACAGGCGCCUUGGUUUCCACUAGGAAAGAAGAACUGAUUGGAAUUCUUGAUCAUUUUAACAUACAGGUAGAUAAUCCAGUUUCUGUCUUAACGCAAGAGAUGAGCAAGCAGUUCUUGCAGUCUAAAAAUGAGGGAGACAAAUACAAAUUCUUUAUGAAAGCAACCCAACUGGAACAAAUGAAGGAGGAUUAUUCAUACAUCAUGGAAACCAAAGAAAGAACAAAGGAGCAGAUAAAUCAAGGAGAAGAGCGACUUACUGAACUAAAGCGCCAGUGUUUGGAGAAAGAAGAACGUUUUCAGAGUAUUGCUGGCUUAAGUACAAUGAAGACCAAUCUGGAAUACUUGAAACAUGAAAUGGCUUGGGCAGUGGUCAAUGAAAUUGAAAAACAACUGAAUGCUAUCAGAGACAACAUCAAAAUUGGAGAAGAUCGUGCUGCUAGACUUGAGAGGAAAACGGAAGAACAGCAGGUCAGACUUAAUGAAGCAGAAAAAAAGUACAAGGAUAUUCAAGAUAAACUAGAAAAGAUUAGUCAAGAGACAAAUGCACGAGCACCAGAAUGUAUGGCAUUGAAAGCAGAUCUUACCUCUAAGAAAAGGGCCUAUAAUGAAGCUGAGGUUUUAUACAACCAUUCCCUAAACGAGUAUAGAGCAUUAAAGAAAGAUGAUGAGCAGCUUUGCAAAAGAAUUGAAGAACUAAGAAAAAGUGCUGAUCAGUCUUUGGAACCUGAACGGUUGGAAAGGAAAAAAAAAAUAUCUUCGUUAAAAGAAAGAGUAAAGGUCUUACAGGAUCAAGAAAGUUCAGUCAAUCAAGAGAUCGAACAAUUUCAGCAAGCUGUAGAAAAGGACAAAGAAGAACAUACCAGAAUUAAGAGAGAAGAGUUAGAUGUGAAGAAUACACUGAACUAUAAUCAGAGGCAACUGAAAGAAUUGAAAGACAGUAAAACUGAUCGACUGAAAAGAUUUGGCCCUCAUGUUCCAGCUCUUCUGGAAGCCAUAGAUGAUGCUUACAGACGGGGGCAUUUUACCUGUAAACCUGUAGGCCCUCUAGGAGCUUGCAUUCGUCUUCGGGACACUGAGCUUGCUUUGGCCAUUGAAUCUUGCUUGAAAGGACUUCUGCAAGCCUAUUGUUGCGAUAAUCAUGCUGAUGAAAGAGUGCUUCAGGCACUGAUGAAAAGGUUUUACUCACCAGGGACCUCACGGCCACAGAUAAUAGUUUCUGAGUUUCGCAAUGAGGUGUAUGAUGUAAGACACAGAGCUGCUUGUCAUCCAGAGUUCCCAACAGUUCUGACAGCUUUAGAAAUAGAUAAUGCAGUUGUCAAAAAUAGCCUAAUUGACAUGAGAAGCAUAGAGACAGUGCUGCUGAUCAAAAAUAAUUCUGUAGCUCGUGCAGUAAUGCAGUCCCAAAAGCCACCCAAGAAUUGUAGAGAAGCUUUUACUGCUGAUGGUGAUCAAGUUUUUGCAGGGCGUUAUUAUUCAUCUGAAUAUACAAGACCUAAGUUUCUCAGCAGAGAUGUGGAUUCUGAAAUAAGUGACUUGGAGAAUGAGGUUGAAAAUAAGAAAGCCCAGAUAUCAAAUCUUCAGCAACAUUUGUCUGCCCUUGAAAAGGAUAUUAAACACAAUGAAGAACUUCUUAGAAGGUGCCAACUGCAUUAUAAAGAGUUAAAGAUGAAAAUAAGAAGAAGUAUUUCUGAAAUUCGGGAACUUGAGAAUAUAGAAGAACACCAGUCUGUAGAUAUUGCAACCUUGGAAGAUGAAGCUCAAGAAAAUAAAAUCAAAAUGAAAAUGGUUGAGAAAAACAUGGAACAACAAAAAGAGAAUAUGGAACAUUUUAAAAGUCUGAAAAUAGAAGCGGAAAACAAGUAUGAUGCAAUUAAACAGAAAAUUAAUCAGCUAUCAGAGCUAGCAGAUCCACUUAAGGAUGAAUUAAACCUUGCUGAUUCCGAAGUGGAUAACCAAAAACGAGGGAAACGGCAUUAUGAAGAAAAGCAAAAAGAACACUUGGAUACUUUAAAUAAAAAGAAACGAGAAUUAGAUAUGAAAGAAAAAGAACUAGAGGAGAAAAUGUCACAAGCAAGACAAAUCUGCCCAGAGCGGAUAGAAGUAAAAAAAUCUGCAUCAAUUCUAGACAAAGAAAUUAAUAGAUUAAGACAAAAGAUACAGGCAGAACAUGCUAGUCAUGGAGAUCGAGAGGAAAUAAUGAGGCAAUAUCAAGAAGCAAGAGAAACCUAUCUUGAUCUGGAUAACAAAGUAAGGACUUUAAAAAGGUUUAUUAAAUUACUGGAAGAAAUAAUGACCCAUAGAUAUAAAACGUAUCAACAAUUUAGAAGGUGUUUGACUUUACGAUGCAAAUUGUACUUUGACAACUUACUAUCUCAGCGGGCCUAUUGUGGAAAAAUGAAUUUUGACCACAAGAAUGAAACUCUUACUAUAUCUGUUCAGCCUGGAGAGGGAAACAAAGCCGCUUUCAAUGACAUGAGGGCCUUAUCUGGCGGUGAACGUUCUUUUUCCACAGUUUGCUUCAUUCUUUCUCUGUGGUCCAUUGCUGAAUCUCCUUUCAGAUGCCUGGAUGAGUUUGAUGUCUACAUGGAUAUGGUUAACCGGAGAAUUGCGAUGGAUAUGAUACUCAAGAUGGCAGAUUCCCAGCGCUUCAGACAGUUCAUCCUGCUUACCCCUCAAAGCAUGAGUUCACUUCCACCAAGUAAACUGAUUAGAAUUCUUCGAAUGUCUGACCCUGAAAGAGGACAAACUACGUUGCCUUUCCGACCUGUGUCUCAAGGAGAGGAAGAAGACCGGGGUUGAUUUACUGUGGCUGACUGUGCCACACCCUCAUGUUGAAAGACGUGUAAGGGGAGACGCCCGGGACUAUGGGAAAUAAAAUGAAACUGAAGACAUUCUGCGGCGGAGACUCACUCAUGUAUCUGACACGAUAAGCCUAGAAGACCGGCCACAGCCCGCAAUUUAAAAUUAUAAUUACUUUGCUUUGAGAAAGUCAACUUCAUAGUACUGGUUUUAAAUCUUUUUAAGUUUGCUUGUUUUUCAUUUUAACCAUCUACUUUUAUAGAUUCUUUUUCAGAAGUUUAAAAUUUUGUACAUAUGUACAUGUACAUAUCUGUUUAGUUUGGGUUCAUUUCUAUAGUAUUUUGUAAGAAUUAAAAUAAAGAUUUGAUCACCCGGUUAUACUUAGUUUUGCUUUUCCAGAAUAUUACAUUAUUCUCAUUGCAGGGCGUGGGGCAGCGCCCAGGCAGGCUGUGAACAGGGACCAGUCUACAAUAGAUUCAUUGUCUGUUUUGUGCUUAUUAAUGAGGAGGGACCUACACAGGACCGUAGGAACUUUGGUCACAAUCCCUGCACAGGUCAUUUUUAACCCUAGAGAUACAAUUGCAGGUUGGGACGGUAGUUUUAAUUAUUGUGUUUCAUCACAUUUAAGAUGCUCUCUGUUAAGGCACGUUCUCGGAGCUUUACUAAAGCACUGCCAGUCCUGACACGGUGCCUUUCUCUGAGUCCCUUAACCAUCAUCCACCCUACUAAGUGUCCAGCCUGUGUCGGAACUGGGUUAUGACCCACUGGUGCGUCCUGACCUGCAGCGUGAUUGCUUCCUUGCUGUAAAGUCCCGCAGUUUGCAGUCCAAAGCGUCUCAAGCUCUGGCUCAGCCGAGAGAGGACACAGGCCAGAGGGACUGUGCAGACCAGGCUGAGGAGAGGGCUGGGGAAAUCGGGGCAGAGGACAGCUCCCUUAUAAGACACACCCUGAUUUUAGAGUUGUUCAAAAGUGUGCUCCUUAGAAUGAUAAAAUAUAGCCUGUUGUAAGCAAUGGUAUUUAUGAACUUUUUUUAAAAGAAAACAUGAGUAGAACUCCUGCUUGCAUUCUCUACGUUUGAUACUAGGAUUAGUGCUGACCUUUUUAGAAAGACGUGGAUACCAACAAGAAGAAUUCCCUAUAUUGCUAGCAAUAAAUAUUUGUGAAAUUGAAAGGAAGUAUUUUAAGAAAAAGACAGUAUUUUAAAAGCAGCGACACUUCUGUAGUUACUGAGAAAAACUGGAUUUUGUUUUUGGUGAGGGGAGAGAGUCUAAUUUAAUCUUAACUUGAGAUCCAUUGGUAAAUGAGAAGUCCAGAAACUGUGCUUUUCUAAUCUAAGAAUUUACAGAGAUAGAAAAUGUGUGCCGCAUGUUUUAAACAUCCUCCACGAACAAUACAAAGUCUGAUUUUUUUAAAGGUACAUUUAUAAUUCAUUUGUAUCAAAACUAUUUUAACAUACAUGUGCUUUUUAAAAUAAAAAAAAUGAAGUAGAAUAUACCAAAUGCAUACAUUUUAUUCGCUAAACAAUUUCAGUGUCUGAAACUUUGUGGUAGUUUUUUAAUGUUGUGCUUCUUAAUACAGAAUGGGAAGUAGAAUCCUCAGGUAUCCAGGCAUCUCUUGUUGAGUUGAAGAUUAUUCAUUGCUUUGGCCUCACAAAGUUUGGGUUUCAACUAUCGUAAGUGAAAAUAUUUUCAAUUAAUAUUCUAAUUAAUGGUAAUAUUAAUUAGAAUAAAAAGAAAUUGCUUUUUUGAAAUAUGUGUAACUUCUAAAAAUAAAACUUUAAAUUUACCUGUA